CCCCUCUUCACACGUCGACGGGAGGACAUCUGGAACCCGGCGGCGAGCUGGACUGGGACUGGAAUUCCGAUGAGGCUGCGGGGGCUGGUUAUCUCGGCCUGCACCCGUUCGUGGCGUUGAUUGAGGUACGCGAGGAUGGUGGACCGCGCGCGAGCUCGUUCAGACUCGCCCCGAGGAGUGUCUGCAUUUGAAGAGCUCGUUGUACGGAGGGAUUUUUCCUUAUGCUGGAGAGGACAUUCGGAGGAAUCGAUUGCGUGGUGCGUGAGGAAGCAAGAAAGACAAGUGACUUCAAAUCAGGCUCAGGCUGCAUAUGUACUCAAGAACGCCGUUAGCCACCAGGCAAUCAAAUACAUAAAUGGACACACACAGAUCCGCACCUCCAAUGCUUU